CAUUCAAUAAAAAAAACCAGGCAUCUCUCCCGGAAACACAUUUGCGGGAGGUUACGGUGGUGAGUGGUUUACUAAUUACUUCAUAGGCUGCUUACCACUUCCUCUUCACGGCCAUUAUUUUCUCUCUCCUCAACGUAACCCCCAUAAUCCCAAACUAAAGUCAUGUAUCAUGGAGGAAAUUCCAAUAAAAAAUCGUCCCCCAUUUCUCUUGAACAAUUUGUAUCUACUAUGGUUCCUUUAAUCGACAUCGAAAAGGAAGCUGAGAUAUCUAAUUCUAUAACGUCUAGCUCUUCCAGAAGCAUAGAAAGUGCUCAAAAGAGGGGUUCCAUCAUUCUUAACUUGAAGUGUGUUGAUGUUCAGGCAGGGUUGAUGGGAAAGAGUCUUCUUGAAUUUCAAUCCACAAAAGGAGAUGUUCUUCCCCCUCACAGGUUUGGUCCUCAUGAUGUGGUAGUUUUAAAGCUGAACAAGGCUGAUGCAGGUUCUCCUUCCCUAGGACAAGGUGUGGUUUAUCGAUUGAAGGAUUCAUCUAUCACUGUUGCAUUUGAUGAUAUUCCGGAGGAGGGCCUAAAUAAUCCACUGCGACUUGAGAAAGUGGCAAAUGAGGUGACUUAUCGUAGGAUGAAGGAUACGCUGAUAGAGCUCAGUAAGGGUGUGCUGAAAGGUCCGGCUUCUGACCUAGUUCCUGUACUAUUUGGUGAGAAACCUCCAGGAACGUCAAAGAAAGAUGUUAGUUUCUCUCCAUUUAACAAGAAUCUGGAUCACUCUCAGAAAGCUGCGAUUUCUAAAGCCCUUUCAUCGAGCAAUGUAUUUUUGCUGCAUGGACCUCCUGGCACAGGGAAGACCACAACUGUUGUGGAAACUAUCUUGCAGGAAGUAAAACGUGGAGCAAAAGUACUUGCAUGUGCUGCAUCAAAUAUAGCUGUCGACAAUAUUGUUGAGCGUCUUGUUCCUCACAGGGUCAAACUUGUUAGAGUGGGUCAUCCUGCGCGUUUGCUGCCUCAAGUGUUGGAAAGUGCCUUAGAUGCGCAGGUGCUACGAGGUGACAACAAUUCUCUUGCAAAUGACAUUCGCAAAGAAAUAAAGGUACUGAAUGCAAAGCUGCUGAAGGCUAAAGACAAAAAUACCAAGAGGAAUAUUAUGAAGGAGCUUCGUACUCUUUCUAAGGAAGAGCGCAAACGACAACAGCUAGCCGUGACCGAUGUUCUAAAGAAUGCUGAUGUCAUAUUGACGACCUUAACUGGAGCAUUGUCUAAAAAGCUAGACAGAACUACUUUUGACCUGGUGAUUAUUGAUGAAGCUGCACAGGCACUUGAAAUUGCAUGCUGGAUAGCACUUUUGAAGGGUUCAAGAUGUAUUCUUGCUGGAGAUCAUCUUCAGCUUCCACCCACUAUACAGAGUGUUGAGGCUGAAAAGAAAGGCCUAGGAAGAACCUUAUUUGAGCGUCUUGCAGACUUGUAUGGGGAUGACAUAAUGUCAAUGCUUACUGUUCAGUAUCGCAUGCACAAAGACAUUAUGGAUUGGUCAUCUAAAGAGCUCUACGACAGUAAGAUCGAAGCGCAUUCAAGUGUUGCUGCACAUAUGCUAUAUGAUUUGGAAGAUGUGAAGAAAACACCUGCAACUGAACCAACCCUUCUGCUUGUUGACACUGCAGGGUGUGACAUGGAAGAAAAAAAGGAUGAAGAAGACAGCACAUUAAAUGACGGUGAAGCAGAGGUUGCAAUAGCGCAUGCCAACAGACUCAUUGAAAGUGGAGUCCGGGCUUCUAAUAUUGGCAUAAUUACUCCUUACAAUGCACAGGUUGUGGCAUUAAGGGUGUUGAGGAGUAAUGUGGAUAAGUUAAAGGAUCUGGAAAUAUCAACAGUUGAUGGUUUCCAAGGUCGAGAGAAAGAAGCUAUUAUUAUUUCAAUGGUUAGAUCAAAUUCAAAGAAAGAGGUGGGCUUUCUGAGCGACCGCAGGAGAAUGAAUGUUGCUGUGACUCGUGCGAGGAGGCAAUGUUGUCUGAUUUGUGACACCGAGACUGUGAGUAGUGACCAAUUCCUAAAACGAUUAAUUGAAUACUUUGAAGAGCAUGGUGAGUAUCUGAGUGCUUCAGAAUAUGGAAAUGAGUAAAUCUGAAAGAGGACUUGUAAAAUUCUACUGCUUUUGUGAUAUGAUGUGCUCCUUUAAAGGAGAUCUGGAGACAGAAAGAACACCAGUAAGAAAGUUGAGAGAAUAGCAUACGCAUAUUCCAAAAGCCUGGGAGAUCUGCUGACACUCCUGCUGCUUCACAAAGGGAAAAACUUGCAUAUCCGGAAAUUGUAGGGGGUCAUGAAGUUGCUUUUAAAAGAGUUCUAUGGCUUCUUCAACAUAUGUUAGCAGCCCUCUGAAUCUAUUUGGAUGACAUGUUGAGCUUUUAAUGUUCAAUAUUUAGAGUUGAAAAAGACUUACAUUACAUAUCCGGAAAUUGUAUUAUUUUCUGUCUGAUGGAUCUAGAUUUGGAGGUAUUAUUAUUACAAACAUUAUCCAUUGAUAUUC